CAAUCCGCGUCGCGUCUUCGAUUCUCUUCGGUGUGUGGUUUGUGGUUUCCGCUGUCGUCCGCAAGACCGAGAGAGAAGCUGGCGGAGAAAGGGGACAGGGAAAAGAAAGCAAACGAAACGAAGAAAACCCUAGCUUCUACCGCUUUGCUUGGGAUCUCAGGCCCCUGGGGAUCUUCGAUUCCUUGUUCUUUGAUAGAUUCUCCCGUCGUCGCCUGUCUGUAUUCCCUCGAGGUCUGGGUUUAUCUGUUGCUUAUCAUUUCCUCAAGUCUUCGAGGAAAAUUUGACUGCUUUGAUCAUCCUUGAUGGUACCAGUUUUCUGAAUAUCAGGAUCUGAUGCCAAGCUUCAGCGACUGCUAAGUACAUAAACAACUAGUCAAUUUUUUUAGUAGAUGGAUCGUCGUGAUACAUCAGGAUUUGUUAGCGGAGGUUGCAAUGACUCAGAAACCAUGAACACUUGUUUUGAUUCUUAAACAUAAUCAGCCCCGGAAGUCAGGCAACUUGUUUUUUCCUGUCAAGAUUUUGUUGAGAUUGUGAUCUUUUCUGCCAAUAGCUGUUAUGGAUGAUAGGCUUGGGCUUUUUGGAUAUAGUUUGAAUGUCCCAUCCAGAAAUGCUUUUAGGAUUUUGGCUCAAAAUCAGACUGAUACCACAUUGCGGAUUGGCUCUCCUGGUUCAGCCUGUCUGGAUUUUCUAAAUUCAAAAGGGAUAAAGAGGAAGUGGUGUGAUUUUGAUGGAAGUGGUAUGGGAAAGGCUUCCUUAGCCCUAGAUUUAGGCCGACCAUCAAGUUCUUCAGAUAGCAGCAAGAAGAGCUCUGCAACAGCUUGCACCAUGUCUUCAGUCAAGGAAACCGACGACGGGUCCUCCAUGGAUCUUGGAUUAAAUUUUGAUCUUUACCUUGGUAGUGAAAAUACAGACAGCACAAAGAAACCUGCUCUUGCUGUUUCAAAGAUGAUGAAUAUUGAGCCUAACUUUGACGUUCAGUUAAGUUUAUCCAUAGGCCCAUCUGAAUCAGUUAUUACUGGUGUAACUCCAGUCUCAGUUCAUCAUGAUUAUAUCUUGGACAACCCAAUAACUGCUAGUCAGAUGUCAGCACUUGAUGAAGGAUCUACAUCAUCUCGUUGGAAGAAUGGGAAUAAAUUAUUGCCAUAUAUAAAUAGCAUUGAUAAAACUAGUAGUUUUUUCCCUGAUGGAAUGAAUUAUGCCAAAUUUUGUCUUGAACAGCAAGAUUGCUCUUCUUCAACCAUGACUCAAAUGCUGAAAAAUUCAGUUGCCGCUUCCGGGGUUACUCAAACACAACAACGCAAUAGUAACAUAAAAAAUUGUCAGUUUCCAGGAUGUGCAAAAGGAGCCAGGGGUGCUUCUGGGCUAUGCAUAGCCCAUGGUGGUGGUCGGAGGUGCCAGAAAGAUGGCUGUCACAAAGGAGCUGAGGGCAGAACCAUCUUUUGCAAAGCCCAUGGGGGUGGCAAGCGAUGCCAGUACCUUGGCUGCACCAAGAGUGCUGAAGGCCGCACCGACUGCUGCAUUGCUCAUGGUGGUGGCCGUAGAUGCAGCCACGAAGGCUGCACUAAAGCAUCAAGAGGAAAAUCUGGUCUUUGUAUAAGACAUGGUGGUGGCAAGAGAUGCCAAAGAGAGAAUUGCACCAAGAGUGCAGAAGGUCAUUCUGGCUUAUGCAUCGCCCAUGGGGGUGGACGGCGUUGCAAAUAUCCUGAAUGUACGAAGGGUGCACAGGGCAGCACAAAUUUCUGCAAGGCACAUGGUGGAGGUAAGAGGUGCACAUACUUGGGUUGCACGAAAGGGGCUGAAGGAUGCACACCCUUCUGCAAAGCACAUGGUGGAGGGAAGCGCUGUGCAUUUCAAGGUGGUUGUACAAAGAGCGUGCAUGGUGGUACCCAGUUCUGUGUAGCUCACGGUGGUGGGAAAAGGUGUGCUGUGCCGAAUUGCACCAAAAGUGCCAGAGGAAAGACAGAUUUCUGUGUACGUCAUGGUGGUGGUAAGAGAUGCAAGACUGAGGGUUGUGGAAAGAGCGCUCAGGGUAGCACUGAUUUCUGCAAGGCACAUGGGGGAGGUAACCGCUGUACGUGGGGCCAACCUGGGUCCAACAUUGGUACUGAUGGCGCCCCUUGUGACCGAUUUGCUAGGGGGAAGCUCGGCCUCUGUGCUGCACACACUGCACUGGUGGAAGAUCACUGUGUCCAUGGUGGGCAUCAACUGGUCACUGUGAAUUCCGAGCAUCAGAUACCCAGCAAACCUGAGAAGAUGAAAGAGAUUGUUGAUCCCGAUAGGUUCUUGGAGAUAGAAAAUCGAAAGAAUAUGACCUUUGGCUGGAGCGGGAUUCAUCAGACAGAAUAUAUUCAUCCUACAAACCCUCUUAAUUCUAUGAUGGCUUCUCUUCCAGAAGGUAGAGUGCAUGGUGGGAGUCUUGUAGCAAUGCUUGUUAGCAAUGCAGGUCUCGGUGGUGAUUCUGCAAGCCAAGUUGAUGAUGGUAAUUCCAAAGUUGAUGUUGGUAAUUCCAAACCGGGGAUUCCACACAUUAUGGGUGGCAAGUGGGUCUGAUAUUAGAAAUUUGGGUCCUUCGGUGUGUUAUUCCCUGUGUAACUCGGAUGUCUCUGGCACAAUAUCGGUAUAUAUGAUUAGUGACUUAGCUGUUUGGGAAAAACCUAUCUUUCCAAUAAGUUACUGGUUGAAACAUACCUGUGAUUUAACUGUACCUCCUCCUGACUGAAUGAGGUGAUGUAUGGUAGUGUCUAGAACCUGUGCAGUUUAGAGAAGCAAAUGCUUGCUGUAGGUUUUCUCCCCUUAAUCCGCACCAUUCGCAAUAAGCUCUGUUAAUAUGUGAUGAAAAUGUAAAUAUUGUAGCUUGUGUGAUCUUUUUUCCUUUUUCUUUCAGAUGUGGUGUAAUUUUAUACUGUUACUCUUCAUUAUUAACCUCAUCAUUUACUCUGGUUUAUUAGGAGUU